AUGGAGACAAUGGACCUGGGUGGGAUCAAGGAGUGGGUGUGCAAGAUGCGCCCGCGCACCAUCCACGACCUGAAGCCGCUGCUGAUAUUGUGCCAAGGCCUGCUGAGGGAUGCCGUCGAGUUUGCGUGGUCGUCGCAGAAUCGACGACUCGAGGAGCUGGUCGACGUGUGGGAGCAGGAGAAGCAGAUGAUUGUGGAAGAGCACAUGGCUGUAGUUAAGGCAUUGCAAGAAGAGAUGCAGGAUCUGAUGCACGUCAACAAGGAGACGGAGUCGCAGUUGAGGAUGGGGAGGGUUCUGCAGAAGACGAAAGUGUAUGCGAGCAACAUGAAG